GUUUCCGAACCGGCGUCGCCGAUGCAUCGCUGACGUCGCCGAUGCAUCGUUGAUGGCAUCGACGCCGCGGCGCGAUCUUCCGACCCUACUCUUUUCGAGCCCAGCUGGGAAGCUUCUACAAAUGCACCGCGACGUUUGGUUGGCCAGAGAGCCAAGUGAACGACAGAAGGCAAGGGGGUCGAUCGCGCGGACUCUGGCGCGUAAGCUCCCCGCGGAAGGUCGCGCGUAAGCGCCGUCUUCUCCGCGCGGUGUGCCACGCUGGCGGCCCGCGUGGGCCGUGGCGCAAGGUCGCUAUGCCUUUUUGCGUAAGAUUCGUUGCCCUUCGUCCUUCCAGUAGUUCCACGAAUGAAGGGACGCUCUGUAGAGGCGCUCCAGCAUCCAACAGGUUGGCAGGCUGGGGCGCCUAUGGGCCGGGCGUCUUGGCCGACCGAGCCAGGCGCCGUAUGCAUCCAGUCAUCCCCCCAGGCCAAGGACGGCCGCGGGCCGCGCGGCGGUGGCCCCGAGGUGGGCGCUGCUGACGGGAAGCCCAUACCGCCGGCGAUGCGAUUACGGUCGGACCGAGGUAUAUAAGAUCGAGGUCGGUCGGGGGAGGGUGUCCAUCAUAUUUUUCGUGCUUGUUGUGCGUUCUGAUGCAUCUUGGGGGAGGGUGCCCUCUAUUGUUUUUUUCAGUUUGGCCAACAGGGCGUCUCAUGUUCUUGAAGGGUGCUAUUCUGUCCAAGGUCCGGCCGUAUUUGAAUCGUGGCGUGUUCCUUCGUUCCAGCCUUUUUGGAGCCCUCCGGGGCCCUUCCCUCUUUUGGUUCUCUCUGGCGAUCUUGGAGUUUCUUCCCAACCCUCCCUUGGUUGGGUCCUCGUUUUGAAAAGACCUCCCGCCUCCUCCUCUCUCCUCUCGCCUGCCUGCAUGUGCCUACUUGCAUGCCUGCCUCGCUGUCCGACUCGCUCGGGGGAUGUGCAGUGUGAAAUUGUCGUCCCUGUUGAUGGCUGCGGGGAGGGGCAGCACAGUGCAGGACAUCGCAGAGCUGGAGGCUUGAUCUUGGUGUCCGCUCCCAUCUCCCGUCCCCCCUUCAUAAUUUCGGACGAACAACCUUUCCUUAUGCCAGCAGCGAACCCGUGGGAGAGGUGAGAGGGGGCGGGCCUUCAUAGAGGGCGGCGGGGUUUCUCUGAACCCCCUCCGCCUUUCCAGAAUUUGUUUCAGCCUCCCCGAAGCUACAGACAGCUUCGCGGGAAGGUGCGAGGACUUUGAGAAGACCCGCCGCCCUCUGAGAAGGCCCACUCCCUUUCAGGGGAGGCCAAACGUAUUCCUGAACAAACGUACCAUAGUGCGGCGGCCUCAGGGCCCACCUCGGGGCACCGGGCGGGUGUGUUUUGGCGCCCACUGUGGCUGGAACCGUGGCCGCUGCGACACCUCAUUGGGUGUACGCUGUCCUGGGCGUUUGGACCUCCCCAACCCUCCCACUCCCCCAUGGGGCUCGCCGCCGAUGAUGCCAGCGGAGGUGGCGCGGCCUGCUGGCUGGGGGACGCCCGCCUCCGUCCUCGCGCGGGCUGGGGGGCUGGGGGGCGCGGCCCAGCUGGCGCGACUGCGAAAUGGGGCCAUCGGGCCCCGAUCCGUGCUGGCGCUGGGGGUCUCUGGGCAAAUUUACUACGUGCUCGCGUUCGUGCUGAUGCAGCUCACGGUGGUUGUGCCCGUCACGCCCUUCAUGGUUGCCGCCGCCUACAUCUGGGGUGCGCCGUGGAGAGCUACGUGCUCGUAUCGCUGGGGGUCAUCGGCUCCGCGGCCUGUGGCUUCUUCCUGUCGCGGUUCGUGGUCAGGCCGCAGGUGCAGCGGAUAUUCUCGAACCGCCAGGAGGUGCAGCGCAUCUGCGCCGCGGUGGGCCAGCAGGGCUUCCGGGUGGCCCUUCUGUGCAGGCUGUCCCUCGUGCUGCCCACGGCCGUGGGCACGUUCGUUCUGGGCGCCCUGACGGACAUCCGAUUCCUGGAUUUCUUCGGCGCGACCCUGCUGGGCUCUGUUCCUGAGGCCUGGGCCGUCGUGUACCUCGCGUCGUCGGUCAAGGAGGGGGUUCCAUGUCGCACGGCCAGCUCCCUUGGUAUGUGUAUUUGGUGGCCGUUGUGGCCGUCCUCAUGCUGGUGAGUACCAUCGCGAGGAUCGCCAAGAGCGCGCUGGAUAAGUCGAUAGAGCCGUGAACAGGACCACACCCGCGGAUGGCACAUGUCAGCGCCGCGCGGUUUGGCAGCCUGGCUGCCCGCCUCUGGCAGCGGGGUUGCCCCCGUGGCGCACGCCAAGCGCGCCGCGGCGAGGGCGCCCGUGCAACACGAGCAAAAAUGACCGUGUUCGGGCAUCGGGAGCCCGCGCAUGAGAGGAACAGGCAGGCGGACAGGACCGUGAGGUGCCCUGGGAGGGGGCAGCAGCCAAAGUGGUUCGUUGCGACCAAGGCGGAUACGGAAGGAAGAGGGGGCGGAGACCGACAACCGUUCUUGAGCGCGCUCGGACAACGGCUGCUCGCGCGGGACAGAGAAAGAAAGAGAGA